GCCGGGACUCGGAAGUGCCGAGAGGGUUGUUGGGGACUCGUGGCGCGCGUGAACGCCGCCGCCGCUGCCCGGGACAGCCCGGAGAUAUCUUCCUAUCAUCAAUAAUACUUAGCUCUGAGAUACUCUGGUCUUCCAGCUUGGAGUUGCUGUUCGGUGUUCGUAGUUUUCCUCUUCUUUAAUCCUCCUGCCUCCUGGACUAAUUUCAAGCCAGAAACUCUCAGUGUGUCUGCCAAGACCCUUUGUCACGAGGAGCAAUGCUGCCCCGAUGGGAACUGUCUUUUUACCUAUUUGCUUCACUAGGCUUCCACUUAUAUUCUUUCUAUGAAGUUUACAAAGUCUCAAGAGAACAUGAAGAGGAACUGGACCGACAGUUUGACCUGGAGGCCGGCACUUUAUUUGGAGGAUUUAAGAAGGACCCAAAUGACUUUGAGUGGAGCUUCUGGAUGGAAUGGGGAAAACAGCAGCUGGUGCGGUUUCUGCUGGGCCACAUGGCUGUGUCUCAGGUGGCCGGCGUGCUUGCAAGGAAGCACAGACCCUGGAUCCUGGGGGCUUACGGAAUGUGGGCCUCCUGGUGUGUUCUGGGGGCCCAAGGCACGGCCAUAAUUUUUCUCCACACCCUCAUCUCCUUCUGCGUGGCCCAGUUCCAGUCGCAGCUCCUGUCAUGGCUCUGUUCUCUCUUCCUGCUCACCACGCUGAGGCUGCAAGAUGUGGAGGAAGUUAAGAGAGGGUGGUACCAGACGGAGAACGAGUACUACUUGCUGCAGUUCACGCUGACCGUGCGUUGCCUGUACUACACCAGCUUCAGCCUCGAGUUCUGCUGGCAGGAGACUGAGAACAGCUUCUACUCCUUUCCCUGGCUGGUGGCCUACGUCUUCUAUUACCCCGUCUUCCACAACGGGCCCAUCCUCAGCUUCCCAGAGUUCAUCACCCAGAUGCAGCAGCAAGAGUACUGCUCCCUGAAGUCCAGCCUUUCGGCCUUUGCCCUGGGGCUGGGUCGCCUCCUCUGCUAUUGGUGGCUGGCAGAGCUGAUGGUUCACCUCAUGUACAUGCACGCCAUCUACAGCAGCGCCCCUCUCCUGAGGGCUGUCUCUUGUUGGACCUUAGGAGGACUGGCAUUGGCUCAAGUGAUCUUUUUCUAUCUGAAGUACUUGGUUCUCUUUGGUGUCCCAGCUCUGCUCAUGCGCCUGGAUGGACUCACACCACCACCCCUCCCUCGCUGUGUGAGCACCAUGUUCAGUUUCACGGGGAUGUGGAGGUAUUUUGACGUUGGACUGCAUGAUUUCUUAAUCAGGUAUGUGUACAUUCCAGUAGGCGGGUCCCAGCAUGGGCUGCUGAGGACACUGUUUGCCACUGCAGUGACGUUUGCAUUUGUGAGCUUCUGGCAUGGUGGCCAUGACUACCUCUGGUACUGGGCAGCGCUCAACUGGCUGGGAGUCGUCGCGGAGAACACAGUCCAGAGGCUUGUGCAGACCCCGUGCAUCCAGGACAGCUUGAUUCACUUCCUUUCCCCACAAGCCCGCCGUCGAUUCCACGCCGCCUUUGCGUCUUGUUCCACCUCCAUGCUGAUCCUGUCCAACCUGGUGUUUCUUGGGGGCAGUCAAGUUGGGAAAAUCUACUGGAACAGGAUCUUCAUACAAGGCUGGCCAUACGUGACACUCUCUGUCCUGGGAUUCCUGUACUGCUACUCCCAUGUGGGUAUUGCCUGGUCCCAGACAUACUUGGUGGACUAAAGCUGCCCUGGCCCAUGCCAGCCCUUACCGCUGGCCUCCGAGCAAAUAGUGCUUCACCCUGACCUCGCACACCAGAUAACCUCCGAGGGACCAGUGCUUGAUCUGUUCAUCUUUUGUUGAAGUUACCUUACUCCAAGACUGGAAGCUGGAGCUCUCAUAGAAAAUUGACAACCAGAGAGGCUUCUAACUUUGGGGAGCUCAUCUCCCCCAUCAUUUUCCUGCUGAGCAAGCAGGGGUCCAGAGCAGGAGAAUCUUGCUCAGCUGCACAUGGUGACGUUGUGGUCUAGAACCCAGGCCCAGUGGCCCUUUGGGUUCUUUCUACUUUACCAAGAAUUACCUGCAAUAGACGUUUCUCGAUUAGAGCACAGAAAUCCUGAUAGUGAUAAGGCCUGUUAUCCACUGAGCAUCCUUCUGAAACAUUUUGGUAACAUGUAAAUGACCUCUUCCCCAUGUCCUGCAGUAUGGUCGCUAGAACCAGCACUGGGGUCUGAGUUUCACACUUCAGCUCCCCAGCAUGGCAGGGACAAUGUCAUGUUUCUAGUUACCCAGUCAAAGAACAUACAACAUGUCCUGUGGUUUCCCAGGGGUCAGUACAGAAGACCAGUUAUUUAAACACUACCCAGGUGACUGACAUUUGGAUGCUUUGUGCCCUAGAUUUACAGAGAAGUAUAAAUAUGGCAGUUCCUCUAGCAGACAGUUAAUCUUCAUUUCCCAAUAUAGAAGCGGAAUUAAGAAACCAGGAGAUAAGUGUGUCCACAGACAGGUGCUGUCUGGUAAGUGACAAAGGGUAAAGGAUGGUAUCCUGUGGUCUUUUCUCCUCUCCAUGCAAGUAAGCUCCAGCAGUCAUCUUCCUACUCAGUGGUUUAAACUCAGUAGUUCACAUUGUUUUGUUUUGUUUCAAAUAAAAUGGAGCCUUUCCUAUCACAUUGAUAAUUUA